CACUUGAUGAGAAGUUGAGUAACAGGUGGCUGACAUUGUCCUCCGCACGGCUUCGAUGACGAUCUGCUGCGGUUGCAGCAAAAGAGACUUUAAAGAAGGGCCAGAGAUCUUAAUGCGCAGCACUCAGCGGGCAUCCCGGCUUCUGUGCGUUUUACAGAAUGUGGACCUCGCUGCCGGCGCUCUUGUUCCUGUCUGUUUUGGGCUUCUACGGAUGCAAGUGCGCUCCGGGUUUCGGCUGUCCGAGGAUCUGCCGCUGUUUCUCCAACACAAUCAGAUGCAACAAUGUAACUCAAGGGUCGGCGCUGAUGAUGGAUCACAGAGAUAAAAGACUGUUUCUCUAUCAUUUGUCUUUGAACACCAUUUCCAGCCAUUCUUUUGAUGGUUUAAAAGGAGUCCAGAGGAUUGAGAUUGCUCAGAGUGUAACCCUGGAAACCAUUGAGGCAUUAGCCUUUAAUAACCUUCUCAACCUCUCUGAAAUCUCAGUCCAGAACACGAGGAGUCUGAUGCACAUUGGCAGAAGGACAUUCAAUAACCUCCCCAAACUACAUUACUUGAGCAUCUCAAAUACUGGGAUAACCCUUUUCCCUGACAUUACAUAUAUCAAUUCUCUUGAAUCCGAGUUUAUCUUGGAUAUAUGUGAUAACCUGUAUCUACUGGAAAUACCUCCUAACGCUUUCAUCGGACUGACAAAGGAGUAUGUUACAAUGAACCUGUAUAACAACGGCAUCAGAGAAAUACACGACUACGCCUUCAACGGGACAAAGAUAGAUAAGCUGGUAUUAAAGAAUAAUCGAAACCUCAGAGUGAUCCACAGAUAUGCUUUCGAAGGAGCCACAGGACCUGGAGUCUUGGACGUUUCUGCGACAGCUCUCACAAAGUUGCCACCGCAGGGACUGGAGUCAGUUCUGGUGUUGUUUGCUCAGUCAGCAUAUGCCUUGAAGAGUCUGCCUCCUCUGCAGGGACUGUGGAGCCUGCGAGAGGCCCAUCUCACCUACAACAGUCACUGUUGUGCGCUGCUGAGCUGGAACACCCACAGGGACUUUUCCAUUAAUCCUGCAUAUAAUAAUGACUCUACUUAUUGUGAUGAGAGUGACCAAUUAGCAAGGGUUCAGCGUGUGAUUGGAGGUUCAGCAGACACGACUCUAGUUAUGGAUAUGCCAUUUUUUUCAGACGUUGAUUUAUCUGAGGACGAGGGCUUUGGAGACGUGAAUUUCCACUAUCCAGAGCUGGACUUCUGUCAGACCCGACCAACUUUGGUUUGCACACCUGAAGCAGAUGCUUUCAAUCCCUGUGAGGACAUUGCAGGUUUCAGUUUUCUCAGAGUAGCCAUUUGGUUUAUCAACAUACUGGCCAUCACAGGCAACCUGACAGUCCUCCUAGUCUCCUUCACCAGCCGCAACAAGCUGACGGUGCCUCGCUUCCUCAUGUGCCACCUGGCUUUUGCAGACCUCUGCAUUGGGAUCUACCUCCUAAUGAUAGCCACAGUAGACUUCCGCACACAGGGCCACUACAGUCAGCAUGCUAUUGAAUGGCAAACAGGGUCUGGCUGUAGUGCUGCAGGCUUCCUGUCUGUGUUUGGUGGGGAGCUGUCAGUCUACACGCUUUCCACCAUCACCCUGGAGCGCUGGCACACCAUCACCAACGCUCUGCAGAUAGAGCGCCAUCUGGUACUCACACAGGCAGCGAGCAUAAUGGCGGCUGGGUGGAUCAUCUGUCUGGGGAUGGGGAUGCUGCCUCUGUUUGGCGUGAGCAGUUACGCCAAAGUCAGCAUGUGCUUACCAAUGGACAUAGAGACCCCCCUGGCUCAGGCCUUCAUCAUACUCAUCCUGCUCUUCAACGUGGGCGCCUUUGUUGUUGUGUGUGUUUGUUACGUGCUGAUCUAUCUGGCUGUGAAAAACCCAGAGUUCCCCAGAAGAAGCGCUGACACCAAGAUUGCAAAGCGCAUGGCUGUGCUCAUCUUCACUGAUUUCCUCUGCAUGGCUCCCAUCUCCUUCUUUGCCAUCUCUGCUGCAUUCAAGGUCCCCCUCAUCACAGUCACUAACUCCAAGAUCCUGCUGGUCCUCUUCUUCCCCAUCAAUUCUUGUGCCAAUCCCUUCCUUUACGCUAUCUUCACCAAGGCUUUUAGAAAGGACGCAUAUCAGCUCAUGAGUGCCAUGGGAUGCUGUAAAAGCAAGGCCAGUGUUUAUCGCAUGAAGGCCUACUGCUCCGAAAAUGCAAUCAAGAGCAACCUGGGAUCCAAUAAUAAAGAAUCAGGCACAGGAGGGCGGCGGGCUGCGGUGGCAGGGCAGAGCCAUCACCUGAAAGAGGAGAGGGAGCUCACCUGAAAUAAAAAGAUUCAAAAGUCUUUUAAUUGGACAAUUGGUCAAGAGAAACUAAGGAAAAAACAACUCAUGCUGGAUUUGGAGGAAAUUACUCUAACAUGUUGACAUUGAUGGCAUAUUUUAAUCUGCACUGUUGGAGAUAUUUGUAUUAGAAAGUAUAAGAAAAUCUUAUUGCCUUUUCCAAAUCUGAUAUCAGUUCAACCCAAUAAAAAAAUACUUUUUUUGUUGACUGGUUAUGACAGGAAAAGUAAAACGAAUAACACUGAUGAUCGCUCUGUUGUUUCAGGCCCACCUGUAGUUUCAUAUGUCAAAAUGUCUUGUAAAUAUACAGAAGAAAGCUCUGGAAACAGCUACUAAAUGGACCUUUAUGGACCUUUGUUGUAUUGUCAGCUAUGAACUGUCAUAUCUCAGUAUUUAAUUGGAUGACCUAAACGAACAAGAAGUCUUUAAAAUGCUGCAAAAAAACUCACAUUUGAAACACCACCUGUUCAGAUCUACUGAUUGUAUGACACAGUGUUAAACUCCUUGUGGUGAGACUGAGUGAUCUGCUUCAUCCUAGCUUCAUCUCCAAAGUUCAUCUGAAUGAGAAUCAAACCAGAGCUGUCAGUUUAUCUCAAUGUUAUUGAUGUAUGUGAAAUAAAUUGUCCGCUUCAUUCUGGGUGUGAAAUUAAGAACAUCUAUAGCCAUGGUUAGUAUUUAAAGGUUAUAGCCUAUAGUUGACCACGUGGUGGAGUAGUUGGGAGGAAAACUUCUACACCACUUGAGUUUUUGUUGUUCUUUUGGCCUAAGGGUUUUUGGGAUUAUGUAAUUAAAAAUAAAAGACUUCACCUAC